AUGGUGAGAUAAUAAAUGUUGGUUAAUUUAAAGACAACUUAUAAGGCUUCUUAUUUGUUCUUGAUAAUCGUCCUAUACACAAGUAAAAAGAGUAGCAGAAUUAUACAUUUGUUUACCACCAUACACACCCAGUUUAACCCAAUAGAAAGACUGCGGAAUACUUUUAAAUAGUUUAUUAGAAAAAAAUCAAAAACACAUAUCCUAAUGGAUAAAUUAAUUAAUCCCUAAUGCAUUACAGAGGAAUAAUUGAAUAACUGCGUGUAACUUAUUUUAAGAUUUGCCUUAAUAUAAUUGUUUUUCAUUCAUUUUUUAACGUAUAUUGUUCUUUUUGUAUCAUUAAAUAGAUUAUACUUGUAUCAAUAAUUGAAAUUUGUACCUUCUGCUUUUAAGAAAAAAUUAAUUGCUGAAAUGCUGUCGUUUUUAUAUUCCUCUUUUUUCAAAAUUAACCUGUAACUGAAUAUUAUCUUUCUUUUUUGUUUAAAACUUUGGAUGCAGUUCAAACAAAAGGUAAAAAAGUAUCAGCUGAAUAAAAUUUAUUCAUUUAUUUUCAAAAUGGUUUGUGGUUUUCUAAAGUAAUUCUACAAUGACAUUCUGGAUAUAUUAAUUCCACAUACCCUGAUCUAAAAAAGUGUAUAUAAUUUAAGAAUUAAGGUUUAAUAAAAUCAAUUUUGA